AUGGAAGUCGACAAACUGGUGGAAAGCGACUUGACACAAGAGGGCGUCACCAUCAGAUUGAAUGCUAGAGCCACAUCUGUCAAUGACAAAGAACGGUCAUCUCGAGCACCUAUAAGAAACAAGGCCAUACGUCGCCAAUACGGCUCACUGGCCCCUGUAUCGUUCAAAGCACCCGGGAACCUGGAGGAUUCCACCUACUACAAGGACCGCGAUAAUGGCCAAGUAGAUGGAUGCCGACUACAGCAUGACUACCGCUGCCCGAAUGUGCAGGGGAGCUUUGCCGAAUCUCGAACCCUUAAUCGCCCGAUAUCGACGGCCGUUCCCGCCCAACAUGGAUCGUACCAGCAGAACGAAGCUUUCAUCGUACGCUGGGAGGACAUUACAAAGACACACGGCAUGAGAGUUAUUGGCGAAAUGGUGUCAAUUUAA